CAAAACCAGCUCUGUCUCCCGGACCUCUAAGAGACCCGCAGCAACCCUCAGCCUCUUUCCACGAGCGCUGACGUAGACGACGUCCCAUUUAAAAGCGGCCGCGCAGGCGCAGUGAGGGGAAAUGCGAACUUAGGCUGUUACACAACUGCUGGGGUCUGUUCUCUCUGCCCGCCCGCCCGCCCGCCCGGCAGUCUGUCAGCAGCGUCCCUGCCGCCGCUGCCUCCUCAGCUGUCCCGGGAGUCUCGGGCCUGUGGUUGCUGUCGCCGUCUGUUCGUGCCUCCCAGGAGCUCCGUCCGCCUGUUCAGGCCGUCCCUACCGUCCGCCUUUCUCCCCCGCGCUGCUUCUGAGCCCGCAGUGUUCGCACGCCAGCCGACAUGAGCGGAGACCAUCUCCACAACGACUCCCAGAUCGAAGCGGAUUUCCGAUUGAAUGAUUCUCACAAACACAAAGAUAAACACAAGGAUCGAGAACAUCGGCAUAAGGAGCACAAGAAGGAUAAGGAUAAGGACCGGGAAAAGUCUAAGCAUAGCAACAGUGAGCAUAAAGAUUCUGAAAAGAAACACAAAGAGAAAGAAAAAAACAAACACAAAGAUGGAAGCUCAGAAAAACAUAAAGACAAACAUAAAGACAGAGACAAGGAAAAACGAAAGGAGGAAAAGAUUAGAGCUGCUGGGGAUGCAAAAAUAAAGAAGGAAAAAGAAAAUGGCUUCUCUAGUCCACCACGAAUUAAAGAUGAACCUGAAGAUGAUGGUUAUUUUGUUCCUCCAAAAGAGGAUAUAAAGCCACUGAAGAGGCCUCGAGAUGAAGAUGAUGCUGAUUAUAAACCUAAGAAAAUUAAGACAGAAGAUAUCAAGAAGGAGAAGAAAAGAAAACUAGAAGAAGAAGAGGAUGGCAAACUUAAAAAGCCCAAGAUUAAAGAUAAAGAUAAAAAAGUUGCUGAGCCAGAUAAUAAGAAAAAGAAGCCGAAAAAGGAAGAGGAACAGAAGUGGAAAUGGUGGGAAGAAGAACGCUAUCCAGAAGGCAUCAAAUGGAAAUUCCUAGAACAUAAAGGACCUGUCUUUGCUCCACCAUAUGAGCCUCUGCCAGAGGGUGUCAAGUUUUACUAUGAUGGUAAAGUUAUGAAGCUGAGUCCCAAAGCAGAAGAAGUAGCUACAUUCUUUGCAAAAAUGCUUGACCAUGAAUAUACUACUAAGGAAAUAUUCAGGAAAAAUUUCUUUAAAGAUUGGAGAAAGGAAAUGACUAAUGACGAAAAAAAUACAAUUACCAACCUAAGCAAAUGCGACUUUACACAGAUGAGCCAGUAUUUCAAAGCGCAAUCAGAAGCUCGGAAACAGAUGAGCAAGGAAGAAAAAUUGAAAAUCAAAGAAGAAAAUGAAAAAUUAUUGAAAGAAUAUGGUUUUUGUGUAAUGGAUAAUCAUAGAGAGCGGAUUGCCAACUUCAAGAUAGAGCCUCCAGGGCUUUUCCGAGGCCGAGGUAACCACCCCAAGAUGGGUAUGCUGAAGAGAAGGAUCAUGCCCGAGGACAUCAUCAUCAACUGUAGCAAAGAUGCAAAGGUUCCUUCUCCUCCUUCUGGACAUAAAUGGAAGGAAGUCCGACAUGAUAAUAAGGUUACUUGGCUGGUCUCCUGGACAGAGAAUAUCCAAGGUUCUAUCAAAUAUAUCAUGCUGAAUCCCAGUUCACGAAUCAAGGGCGAGAAAGACUGGCAGAAGUAUGAGACUGCUCGGCGUCUGAAGAAGUGUGUGGACAAGAUCCGAAAUCAGUAUCGUGAAGACUGGAAGUCCAAAGAGAUGAAAGUUCGGCAGAGAGCUGUAGCAUUGUACUUCAUUGAUAAGCUCGCUCUGAGAGCAGGCAAUGAGAAGGAGGAAGGAGAGACAGCAGACACUGUGGGUUGCUGUUCACUUAGGGUGGAGCACAUCAAUCUACACCCAGAGUUGGAUGGACAGGAGUAUGUGGUGGAAUUUGACUUUCCUGGGAAGGACUCAAUCAGAUACUAUAACAAAGUCCCAGUUGAGAAACGAGUUUUUAAAAACUUACAACUAUUUAUGGAGAACAAGCAGCCUGAGGAUGAUCUUUUCGAUCGACUUAAUACUGGUAUUCUAAAUAAGCAUCUUCAGGAUCUCAUGGAGGGCUUGACUGCCAAGGUGUUCCGUACCUACAAUGCCUCUAUCACGCUACAGCAGCAGCUUAAAGAGCUCACGGCCCCUGAUGAGAAUGUACCAGCGAAAAUUCUGUCUUAUAACCGUGCCAAUCGAGCUGUUGCAAUUCUUUGUAACCACCAGAGGGCGCCACCAAAGACCUUUGAGAAGUCAAUGAUGAACUUGCAGUCUAAGAUUGAUGCCAAGAAAGAUCAGCUAGCAGAUGCUCGAAGGGACCUAAAAAGUGCUAAGGCUGAUGCCAAAGUCAUGAAGGAUGCAAAGACCAAGAAGGUAGUAGAGUCAAAAAAGAAGGCUGUACAGAGACUAGAAGAGCAGCUGAUGAAGCUGGAGGUUCAAGCCACAGAUCGUGAGGAGAACAAACAAAUUGCCUUGGGGACCUCCAAACUCAAUUACCUGGACCCUAGGAUCACAGUGGCUUGGUGCAAAAAAUGGGGGGUCCCAAUUGAGAAGAUUUACAACAAAACCCAGAGGGAGAAGUUUGCUUGGGCCAUUGAUAUGACUGAUGAGGACUAUGAGUUUUGACCGGUCUCGGCAGGGCUUCUGUGAAAAGGAACAGUGUGGUUUGGGAAAGAUGGAGAUAAACUGAGCCUCACUUGCCCUCACACCGAGGGAGAGGCCGCAAGUCUUAACAAACCAACAUCUUUGCAAAAAGAUAGACCUGGAGAUACUAUAAGGGAGAGCUGAGCCAGUUGUCCUAUGGACAACUUAUUUAAAAAUAUUUCAGAUAUCAAAAUUCUAGCUGUAUGAUUUGUUUUGAAUUUUGUUUUUAUUUUCAAGAGAGCAAGUGGAUGGGAAUUUGUCAGCAUCCUGCCAGGCAAAUUCAGUUUUGCUGCAAUGUUUGGAUUCUCUCAGCUACUGUAUGCGGAAGUCUGAUUAUAUUGGUGCGUUUUUACAGUUAGGGUUUUGCAAUAACUUCUAUAUUUUAAUAGAAACAAAUUCCUAAACUCCCUCCUCUCCCCUAUUUCAGGAAUUUAAAAUUAAGUAGAACAAAACAAAAACCCAGCGCACCUAUUACAGCUGUCAUUCUAUCGUCAUGGGAAUCAGUUUUCAUUAAACUUGAAGCAGUUGUGACAUCGGCAGUGUUUUGGUUCAGACACCUAUUCACAGAAAAGCAUGAUGGGAAAAUAUUUCCUGACUUGAGUGUUCCUUUUUAAAUGUGAAUUUUUAUUUCGUUUUAAUUAUUUUAAAAUAUUUAAGCCUUCUUCUUGAUCUUAAAGAUCGUGUAGCUUGGGGUUGGGGAGGGAUGAAGGGCGAGUGAGUCUGAGGAUAAUGAAAUAAUCAGUGACUGAAACCAUUUUCCCAUCAUCCUUUGUUCUGACCAUUCUUUGUACCCUUUAAGAGAUCCAUCUUUUUCUUUGGAAACCCCAGUCUUUCAUUUGAAAGAUUUUAUUGUAUAAAAACUUCCACAGGUCAAUAAAUUUAGAGGAAAAUGAGCAUUUGGUCCAAGAAAAACAAAAACAAAACAAAACAAAAAGGAAAAAUAAUCAAGAUUUUUAGGGCUUUUAUUUUUUCUUUUGUAAUUGUGUAAAAAAUGGGAAAAAAACAUAAAAAGGAAAAUUUUAAUGUGAAGACUUUUUUUUUGCUAUAAUCAUUAGUUUUAGAGGCAUUGUUAGUUUAGUGUGUGUGCAGAGUCCAUUCCCACAUCUUUCCUCAAGUAUCUUCUAUUUUUAUCAUGAAUUCCCUUUUAAUCAACUGUAGGUUAUUUAAAAUAAACUCCUACAACUUAACGGAAA